AUGGACGUGGGCGCCGACGAGUUCGAGCAGAGCCUCCCUCUGCUGCAGGAGCUCGUCUUGGGCGCUGACUUCGUGGGUCUGGACAUAGAAUUCACGGGCCUUCGCUCUAACCUGUCCCGCCCCCAGCAGAUCAGUCUCUUUGACUUGCCCUCGGAGUGGUAUCUAAAAACCCGCCACAGUGUUCAGCAGUUCACAAUCUGUCAGAUUGGAUUGUCUGUGUUUUCCAGUAUUGAAGGAGAGUCAAACAAGUAUGUAGCCCAUUCGUGUAACUUCUUUCUUUUCCCGACGACAUUUGGGAUCUUGGAUUCAGAAUUCUCUUUCCAGGCUUCUAGUGUUCAGUUUUUGAAUCAGUAUGGCUUCGAUUACAACAAGUUUCUCAAAAAUGGGAUCCCGUAUAUGAAUGAAGAGCAGGAGAAGAAAAUUAAACACAAUAUCCUGACUGGAAACUGGAGAGUUCGCAGUUCUCUGGAUAAAGACCAGAUCAAGGUGGUGAUCGAUGAGGUGACGAGGUGGCUGGAUUUGGCAGAGGAGGGCGACUGGAUGACUCUCCCUGGUAUAACUGGCUUCCAGGCUUUUGAGGUCCAGCUGGUGCUGCGGCAGGCCCUCCCCGACAUCUGGACGGUCCCGAGAGACCAGGGGAUAAUAGUGAAAAAAGUGAGCAAACAGCAUCGGUGGUAUCUUGAGAACACCUCCGGUGAUCGAGCGAGCUGUUGGAAGGAGAAGAUUCUUCUCUCUGCAAGGGGUUUUUCAGUGUUUUUCCAGAUGCUGGUGAAAGCCCAAAAGCCCUUAGUGGGCCACAACAUGAUGAUGGACCUGCUGCAUCUCCACGAGAAGUUCUUCAGGCCACUCCCAGAAAGCUAUGAUCAGUUUAAGCUGAACAUCCACAGCCUGUUUCCUGUUCUCAUUGACACCAAGAACGUGACCAAGGAUAUCUGGAAGGAACUGAAUUUCCCAAGGGUUUCAAAUCUUUCAGAAGUUUAUGAAGUCCUAAACAGCGACUUGAAUCCGACCAGAAAUUCCGGGCCAGUGGUCAUUCAUGCGCGCAAGUGUGAAAAAUACGUGGAGACCAAGUACCCCCAUGAGGCCGCGUACGAUGCCUUCCUCUGUGGAUCAGUUCUCCUGAAAGUGGCCCACUUGCUCGCAUGGAGAGUGCAUGGUGCCGGCUCCAUGCCAGAGCCCUCCUUCCCUCUGUACCUCGACGUGCUGGCUCCCUAUGUGAACCAGGUGAAUCUAAUCCGAGCCGGGGUCCCUAAGAUUAAUUUCUCAGGUCCAGACUGCCCCAGUAUCCGACCUCCCAUCCUCCUCCUCCAUGUCCGGAAAUGGCCGGGGGUCAGCGAGCAGCAGGUCUACCGUGAGUUUCAGAAUCUCUGCAAGUUCGAUGUGCGGCGACUCUCGCGGAGCCAGUUCCUGCUUUUGACCAAUAAGUUUAAGGAUGCUCGGAGCAUCCUGAAGGAGUACAGGGGCCACCCCACCCUGCAGGUGUCCCUGUACCGGUACUGGAGGCACUCCCCGAACAUCAGCUGCCUGUUGCAGGUCUGUGGCGUGGUCACCACCUGGGCCCUCCUGGCGCUUCUCCUUGGAAGACCUGGCCACUGA